CAAUAAAGAAUAACCUAAUUAGCUAGAAAAGAAACCAACCCCACCCUUUCACUCCUCAUCGAUUACACCAAAAGAUCUAAAGCAAAAUCCAACCCACUUAGAUUACCCCGUAAUUAUGUUUUGAAGUUAAACCUGGCUAAAUUCCAACUUCAAGAACCCUCCUUUAAUCUCUCUCUCUCUCUCUUUCUCUCAAUUCCACAUCUAGCUAGCUGUUAAAAACUCAAACUCUCCCAUAUAUCUCCAGCUUCCACCCAAAAGACCAAACAGACUUACAGUUUAUUGAUGUGGGUCUCUUCUGUGGGUUGGUUAAAUGGAUACCUUGUUUAGGCUAGUCAAUCUUCAAUCUGAUCAAUCUUACAACUCUAGUAGAACGUCAAGCAGCUCUCGAUCCUCCAGACAAAACCAUCACUACCAGCAAGAAGACGAAGAAUGCUUCAACCUUUUCAUGGAUGAAGAAGACUUCUCCUCGUCUUCUUCUAAGCACUACUAUCCCUAUCAGCCCCACCCUAAUUCCUCCACCACCACUCCUCCGACUGCCACCCCCACUACCACCACCACAAACAUAAGCACCCCCACCGAAUUUUCCUUCUCACCCGCCCUUGAUUUUAACUUCGAAUUCUCUGGAAAGUGGGCACACGAAAUACUCCUCGAAACCGCACGAGCCAUCGCGGAGAAGAACAGCACCCGUGUCCAGCACCUUACGUGGAUGCUCAACGAGCUCAGCUCACCUUAUGGUGAUACCGAUCAAAAGCUCGCUGCCCAUUUUCUCCAAGCCUUGUUUAGCCGCAUGACGGACUCCGGUGACCGAUGUUACCGCACUCUAGCGUCCGCAUCAGAGAAAACUUGCUCCUUCGAGUCAACCAGAAAAAUGGUCUUGAAAUUUCAAGAGGUGAGCCCCUGGACUACGUUCGGACAUGUUGCGUGUAAUGGUGCAAUCAUGGAAGCCUUUGAAGGUGAGCCAAAGUUACAUAUAGUUGAUUUCAGCAACACAUACUGUACGCAGUGGCCUACUUUGCUUGAAGCCCUAGCAACCCGCAGUGAUGAAACUCCACAUCUCCGGCUCACCACCGUGGUCGCCACCAAAUCCAGUGGUAGUACUGGAGGUGUGGCCGCAGUGCAGAAGGUAAUGAAAGAGAUCGGUAGCAGAAUGGAAAAGUUUGCUAGGCUUAUGGGUGUGCCUUUCAAAUUCAAUGUCAUCCAUCAUGGUGGUGAUCUUUCAGACUUAAACACAGAGAAGUUAGACCUCAAAGACGACGAAGCCCUAGCUAUCAACUGUGUCGGCACCUUACAUUCAAUCACGCCCGUCCGUAACCGCCGAGAUUAUCUGAUAUCGGCUUUCCGAAGAUUGCAGCCGAGGAUAGUCACCGUGGUUGAAGAAGAAGCUGAUCUUGACGUUGGCGUUGAUGGGCUCGAGUUUGUGAAAGGCUUUGAAGAAUGUUUGAGAUGGUUUAGGGUUUACUUUGAGGCUUUGGACGAGAGCUUUCCGCGGACCAGCAACGAGCGCUUGAUGCUCGAGCGCGAGGCUGGGCGCGCCAUCGUUGACCUGGUGGCGUGUCCACCUUCCGAAUCGGUAGAGCGGCGCGAGUCAGCGGUGUGCUGGUCUCGGCGCUUGCAUGCGUGUGGGUUCGGCCCGGUUUCGUAUAGUGACGAGGUGUGUGAUGAUGUACGCGCCUUGUUGAGGAGGUACAAGGAGGGUUGGUCGAUGACACAGUGCUCGGAUGUUGCCGGAAUAUUCUUGUCGUGGAAGGAUCAACCUGUGGUGUGGGCCAGUUCAUGGAGGCCUUAACAAUGGCGGGACGGAGUUUCGCACGCUUGGGAUUGAUCCACACGUGUAAGUUUGAUUUAUUUUCGUUUUUUUUUUUUUUUUUGGGCGUGCAUGGGGUGGAGUUUAAUUAUUGUGGGUGUGGGGUUGGAAGAAAUUAAGGAAAAAAGAGAAGGGAUUUUCUUGAUUUGAAUAUAAAUGAAGUAAAUUUAUUUUCAUAUUAA